AAAGAAACGAUCCAUAGGCGCCCACCAGUAUAGAAGAGGUUUAGAUCAGCACACGACCUCCCAAACUUCUUUACUACAAAAUGGGCCGCGACCGGCCGCGGACGGCCAAUACGAACAUCGUGUGCACUUUGCCGCACCGAAGUCGGCACGAUGUGUAUACAGGGACCAGACCGAAGUCCUCGGGUCCGACGAGGAAUCCAACGAGGCAAAUUCGGGAGAACAGCCUGGAUAUGGCCUAUACCGAGGAGGACAGGGAGGAAGUGGUACAGAAAAUAUGAAUAACAAUAAGUAAAAGUAUCAGGAUCCAACAAUUUAUUGCGACCGGAUUAGUUUGCAUGUCGAAGGCAGCACAUCAAUGAUUAACGGUUUCGAUUUAUUGUCAUGCCAGUACUGUACUAGAGCUACCUAAAAGCAGAAAUUCACAUUGAAAAUGAAACACGAACACAGCGUAUCUACAUCGAAGUCGCAAAGCGGUGCCUGGAAAACAGCGACAUCCUAGACCAGGCAAACCGAAGUCCUAGGUUCCAAGAAGCUCUGAAAAGACAAGGAAUCGAGUGGCCAGAAAUCCAGACAGAGGCAGAUGCAACGUAAUUGGCUUAGUUUUGGUGUUGCUUGAUGAAUUUUGAUUCUGCCAUCGAGAGCGAAAGGACAUAUUAAGUAGACAUGCGGCGAAAUCAUGAAAUUACUUCCAUCCUUUACCUUUUGCACCAGGUACAAAGUGAAAAUGCUGACCGAUGUCUUCCUCGAACGAAAGCGAAUCACUGCGGAGCACGAGAAUGCGAGCGACGCAAAGAAGCGAUUCAACGCGUACAUUGACAAAUUGAAUGAGGAGGAGCAAAAUUUUAUCCGGCACGAAACGCGAAGGCAGAACGCCGCGGAGCGGUGCAGAAACGCGUUUAGGAUGAGAAAGAAGAAAAUUGCCGUAUACAUGCGUUGAUGUUCUUUCGUGUUUCAGGGUACUGAUUCUGAUGUUGUGCCACUAUCAUUUGUCAUGCUCAACAUGGCACGGCAGUUGAAGAUCUACGCUUUCACGAUCAUCUCCCGUGUAACUGGUUGUGGAGCUGCAUGAUCAUGGCAAACCAACAUCUAAAAAUAACCUCAGGAACACGAGCACGAGUCGUUUCUGAAAAGCCAGCGCCGCAUGGAGCGCGACAACUCCAACGCGGACAAGCUUCGCGACCAAGCGGAAAAGCGCGCUCAGAAGGUCGCGGAUUGCUUCGCGCAAGCCGCGCAGCGGGAGCAGGACAAGGUGAACGAGAUUUUGGACCGCAGGGCGAAAUCCGAGAAGCGCCUGGCGGAGAGGGCGGAGAUAGAAGCGAUAGAAAGGGCGAAAAAGGCCCAGGCGUUACUGGAUGCGGAGGAAGAACGGAAACAGCGCUACGACAAGAUUGCGUCGUUGAAGUUUGGCAAAGCGGAAGAAUUUCAGUCAAAGUACUUAAACUUAAUAUUCUUGUGGGAAUGUCUUUCUUGUUCUUCUUCUUGUGAAAAAGAUUUUGUGUUUGAUUUGUCAUUUGUGCUGGUGAUAGAUACGCAAUGUGCAAGAAGAGAAUCUUUGUGGUCACGCUUAGUGAGUACUGAAAAAAAAAAAUCCACCUCAGACUGUCCGAGAAAAUGAAGCGGUCGGCCGACCAUCGGGCGCACAUGGAGGCAGAGCUUAAGAUGCUAAACGAACAGAAAAACCUGGCCAUGAAGCACCGACAGCAUCACGCGUUACGAUUGGAGAGGCAGAGACAGUAUUUACUACUCAGCAUUUUUUGUUGUCGUGAACACAAAGAUGAUCAUGCGCCAGCACAAACACAAUACUGUCUAUGUAUGAAAACACAAAUUGUUGCGAUUUUCAAUUUGUUUUUUUUACGCGCAUGAUCGAUCUGUCGAUGAGAAUGUUCGAGGACGAGACCUCCAAAGAAUAUAAAAAUCUUUCCACCCACCCCCACGACCAGAUACUACAACGAGCGUCGUGCGGACGACGUGACUAUCCAGCAGGUCGGCCACGUGCUCCAAGGCGAGCUUCGGGCUGCUGUGAAGCGGCAACGGCAGGAGUGGGAGAAGCGGAAAGCGUACCAAAUGCAAAUAUGUCUGGAUCUGGAUGACUACAGGAGUUUGUCAUGUUUGGCCAGCAUGGCUCUUGUCAAGUCUACUGUGAUGCUCUUUAACCAAACGCAAACGAACCAAUUUUCUGUUUCUCUUUUGAAGAAAUGCAAUUUGCCAUGCAGAAGAGGCACCAGCACCUAGCAAAUCUAAAAAGUCAAAAACUUGUCAUGCUUGGCAGCCAAGUGAGGCGUCCUCCUGAUUGUCAAACCCGCAUUACAAGUUUCCAGUCCUCCCAGGCAUAUUUGGAAUGCAUAAAGCGGUGUUUGAGGCGGCGCAGCGGGAGUCCGACCGGGAUCUGAAGAACGUGGACGUCCCGGGACUAUCAACUGUAAAAAUGUCUGGGUCUGGAAGGUUGGAGCUUGUGAUGCUUACUUUGGACUCUAAACAAAUCUGUAUUGCAUGACCAGCAAGAGGAGUCUAGUUUGUUUGUGCUACGCGGGGAGGGCAUUUCUCGUGCGGAGUAGGCAUCAGGAAGCCCUCCAGAAAUCUGUGAUGGUAGGUCGUGCAUUACAGACAUCCUGGGUCAUGCAAAAUAUGCAUGACAAACCCGGCAAUAUUCCAGACCCAGACAUUUUUGCAUUUGAUAGGGACCGGGCCGCUACGACCCCGAGCCGCACAAACCCUACUGCGGCUGGACCAUGCCCAAGUUCGUGAACCAGGAAGCCCGGAAACUGGGCCCCGGACCGGACACGUACGAGAUUAAGCGGGAUUUGAAAACGGGGAGCGUCAAGUGGUACAAGCCUAAGGAGCUCUUGGUCGCAGAAUUAAAGAAGCAGACAAAGACGGAGGAGGAACUUUACGGAAGCAUAGUAAAACUUAAUAUCAUGCUUAGAAGUAGAAGUACGUAGACGUACUGUCUGAGUUCCAUUUCUUUUUUUUUCUGUUCAACAGAAACACAACAGUUGGAUCAUGAUGUGUGCAUGUGCUUCCCGGUAAGAGGACGCCACAUCUCGAUAGUUAGAGGUGGGAACGCACCAGCAAGAACUUUCACUUUCACCUCCGACAAAUAUUUUUAUCACAGAAACGCAACAAGAAAGUGAAAACGGACUCCGCUUUGGCGGUGUCUCCCAGACCCAAGUUCAUCGGGCCCGGCCCGGCGAACUACCACACGCCGCCACCACGGAAAUACCGAGGGAUCGACGACGUCAUGCAGGACUUUGACCAAUUGUGCACCACCUACUCGACCCGGCUGAACCCGAGCCCGAGAAGGCACGAGAAUAGAACGAAGCCCGAUAAUUUGAUCACCAUGCCCAUCGAGGGAGCGAGAAGGCCGCAGCUUAGUACUAGAGAUAGUGUUUGUAUCAUUUUCGAUUUCUUUGCUCUUCUUUCCCAUGCUUGUAGUCGAACUACAUGAACAAGAUCCUGCCCUUUUAUUUUGUGUCCCGUGCGGCUGCAGCGAGCCCCUGCCCGCUCACCGUAUGUGCGGACACAAGGGCGGUAUCUAAAUCUACUAUAACCGUCGAAAAUAAAGUUAAAGUGACGAACAUAUUUUCGAUUUUGAUCAGGCGUCCAGCACUCGAAAAAAUCCAGCAACGGCCCCGAGGGUUCCCCAUUAGACGACAUCUUAGCGAAGGAAGUUCCCCAAGCUGCUCUUCUCGGCGGGAGCCAACAAGCAGGUAGUUCCUCUCUGCCCGAUAUUCAAGUGAAGAAAGCCAAGCCAGUCACCGGCGGGAGUGAGUCCGGCGGUAGCAGGCCGGGGAGCAAGCAGAGCGGUCGAGGGGCCGCGAAUAAGUCUAGUACUGCGUCUGGUCUGAAAGAUUCAUCGACGAAUCUGUUGCCAAAGGUUGAAAGAAAACCAACUGCCGGCUCCAGUACGUCGAAAGAAGCUGCAGGAGCAGCUGCACCAGCGACCGCGAGUAGGACCUCCAGUAAAGGCAAGAAGCCGGCGUCGAGUGUUACUUCCUCCGUCGUGGUGGAGGAGGAUCGAAUAUUAGGAGCGACUUCUUCCUCCAAACCAACAGAAUCCUCCGUGGAUCCGGUGCCACCCACGACUUCAGUGGAGAUGGAAGCCGCCUCUGCAGGAGGACAAGACCCGGUCGUGCAGAGCACAGAGAGUGUCGGAGGUGUCGGAUUGCUGAUGGAGGAGAGCAUAUCGCAGGAAAAAACUGUUUCACUGUGAUGAUUUAGAUUUUGCAAGAUCUGCAACACAAGUUUGGUACACAUGGCACAGAAAAUUUGCCAUGCGCAGUUCCCAAGGGAAAACACCCUUAAAAAUGAAAAUCCAAUGGAUUGCAUGUGUAGCAAGACAAAUAGCUGUGUGUUCCAUUGUUCCCUGCACCACAAGUUCACAGUGAAACAAUUUUUUUGUGGGAUAGAGCAAGUUAGCGAUGGACUCGAAUACGGACGGAGGCACGGAUGCGAACCCGGUCGAGCCCAUAGUGCAGGAAGAGGAGUUGGCCGGGUUGAUCAAAGCGGAGCCAUCGGGAGAACAAGGAACUUCUGCGGUUUUGUCGGCCGGUGAGAGCAAAGAGGACGCGGCGGCGGGAGCAGAUGGUAGCUUAGCGGUAGGUGAGUCGGAACCAGCUGCACGAGCAGAAGCGGCGGAGGCAGCUGCGACAGAGGAAACUUCCAAGCCGGCAGAAGAAGAACCAACACCUGCGGCUGGUGCACCACAAGAAUUUGUCCAAGCUACGCCAGCAGUAGAAGCGACGGAAGAUAGUACGGUGCCUGCGGCAGUAGAAAAGGAAGACUCAGCAGAAAAACCUGCUGUGGAAGAGCCAGUCGCUGCACCGGCAGAAGACGCAGCACCUGCAGCUGCAGAACCGACGGAAGAAACGCCGGCUGCAACGGAGGAACAGGCACCACCAGCCGCCUCUGAGGAGGUAGCCGCAGAAGAAAAUCCCGUCGAGACUCAGGAACCAUCAGCGGCAAAACUAGAGGAACCAGCAGCUGUCGCAACUACCGAAGACGCCGCUGCCGCGCUGGCCGAAGCUGCAGUCGUAGACGAAUCCGCGCAACCAGAAGCUGCAGCUGCUACCGAGGAACUACCAGCUGCUGCGGAGGAAACGACCCAAGCUCCGGUCGAAGAAGUGGCUGCAGAACAAGGCACUGCGGAACCAGCAGCGGCUCCUGACGAAGCUGCGGCACCAACGGAGGAAGCCGCACCGGCAACAGAAGAAGCCACAGCAGAGGAACAAGAAGCUGCUCCUAUUGCGGAACACGAGGUGAGCAAGGUGUUGGACUUGGAAGAGGCGGAAGACGACACACAGCAGGUCGCGGCUGACUCCGUGCAGGAAAUCGCUGUGGAGGAGAUUGCGUGAGGAGGGACGAACGCGUACUAGGGUGCAGUGAAAAUAACAGUAUUAGCAGAAGACAGUCUAUCUCUAUGACUAUCAAAACAUUCUCAAAAGUCAAUCAAUAAACGCAGGAGUUGUACGAUAUUAAAAUCAAAUUAUCAUGUGCUUAAUUUUUCGAAUUCACCGAGAUCCAUUUCCAAAUUUGUCUAAACUUGAGCUAAGAAAAUUGUCAGGAGAAGGUAUAAUAGGCAACUUGUAGCAGGUGGUCGUUGUGUUAGCAUAAGCAGCGUAGAGACACAUCAAAUCAUGCUGCCAAUUUUUCAGAAUGUAAACUCAACAUCCGAUUCAAUUUUUUUCAGUUACAAUGAAUUAUAUCCGAAAAGAUGAACCGUACAAAUGCAAAGGAACAAAAUGUCGAAGAAGUUUAUCAACUUCAUGCACAAGAAGCGCAUAUUACGCAUUCUCGUCAGCCGCACCGGUUUACGACGCCUUUCUUUUUCUUUUUUAUUUACAACGUGAUCGAAUCAAUGGACACAAUUUUUGGUAGUAGCAAUGCAAUAGUCAACUCAAGUCAGCGCUGAAAAACAC